GUGAAGUGAUGUCAGUGUGAGUGCUGGAGUGUCAGUGUCACAGGUUAUGACAGCAUGGGUUAGUGUUUCAGACUGUCAGUGACAGUGUCAGUCUCCGACAGUGGGGAAAUGCGGGAGGCUGUCAGUGACAGCUGCAGUGUCGGUGGUGUGGUCCCUUCGCCUGCUGACGAUGGAUGGCUGCCAGGAUCCCUGCACGGCCGGGUGAAGGUCGCCUUGACACACACACACAGACAGAGACACAGACACACAGACACACAGCACACAGACACGCACGCGCGAGCAAUUACACGGACAAACACAGCCACACGCACUCAGCAGCAUCUGUAGCUGCUCACAGUGACAUGAGUGAACACAUUGUCUGUCCUCGCGACUCCUCGUCUGCUGCUUGUACUUGUCUUGGUGAGAGUGACGUGGCUGACUCAAGUGACAUGCUGUGGAAACUGUGCGCACACCAGAAUGGUGAGAACUAUGUGACGUGCGCGGAGGCGACUGGCGUAGUAGCGGGGCCCUGCACUGUAGGAGUUCAACACAAAACAUCUCCUCCCUCUCUCUCUCCCGCGCCUACAACACAGUCUUGGAUUUUUAUCUUCUUCCUCCGUGUAGUGCCGUGAAAACACAUUCUCUCACUCUACACAGCUCACUCGCAUCCCUAUCCCACUCAGUGGCUAUUGAAUAGCUACAAUAUAGCGACUGUAUCGCUACUGUAUAGUGACUAUCGCUACUCUAUAGAUACUGCAUAGCGACUGUAAUACUGCAUAGCUACUGUCUAGCGACUUUGUAUAGCUACUACAUAUAGCUACUGCAUAGCGGCUGUGUAGCUAUUGUAUGGCGACUGUAUCGCUACUCUAUCGCUACUGCAUAGCGCCUUUGUAUAGCUACAUAUAAAGUAUAGCGACUGUAUAUCUACUGGAUAGCGACUUUGUAUAACUACUAUAUAUAGCUACUACAUAGCAGCCGUGUAGCUACUGUAUAGCGACUGAAUCACUAUUAUAUAGCUACUGUAUAGUAACUUGGUAUAGCUACUAAGUAGCUACUGCAUAGUGACUGUAUAUCCACUGUCUAGCGACUUUGUAUAGCUAUUAUGUAGCUACUGAAUAGCGACUGUAUCACUACUAUAUAGCUACUGCAUAGCGACUUUGUACAGCUACUCUGUAGCUACUGAAUAGAGACUGUAUAUCCAAGGUAUAGUGACCGUAUAGCGACUGUCACGCAUCAUCCACCUGUCCACCCCGAGCACCUCUUCCUGCAGGGAUGCACCCGCUGCCCACAGCACAUCUUCUUGACAACGCCAGCGUCUGUCACCACCGCGACAGGUCAGCGACAGGUAAACGCAGGUGUCGCUCCAGUGAGGUGGGUACGACUGCCCUUUGCCCCGUGUGGAGGGCACUGUAACAGGUAGUUGGAGGGCAGUCACGUGGUCUUGUACCGGGAUCGACAACUAAACUGGGAUUUUUUCUUUGCGGGGGUGGGAGAGGAGAUGGGGAGAGGGGGGAGAGGACAGGGCAAUAGCCUCCCCUGUUGUGACCGAGAGAAAACUUAUUAUGAGUGCAUCAGCUGUGGGGCAGUCUCCGAGCACUCAUUAUGCCGGCAUCAGCUGCAGCAGCUAGGGUGGGCAAGCACGAUCGAUGUGAUGCUGCUUGCUGCUGCUGCUGCUGCUGGCCGCCCUGGUGGCACAUCCCUGUAGGUCGUCCAGCCUCUCUCCUGCUACACUUGCGCAGCCCGACAGCUGCCGCCGCCGCCGCCACCGCCUUUCUCUCCGCGCCGUGCCGUGCGCACCGCCAGUCGCAGCAACGCGAGCCAGCAGCCAGCAGCAGCAGCAGCAGCGGCAACGGCAACCAGCGCACCAGCAGUGGUGUGCGCGUGCACGCCAGCGCGCGUGAAUGGUGUGCUGCCUCGCUCUGUGCGUCAGUCGCCGCAAGCUGCCGCACGGCCUGUCUAAACUGUUGUGAUCCGACAAGGCUGCAACAGGACGCAAGCCGCAUACGUGGAGCUGCCUGCCCCUCCUCCCCCCCAACCACCGUGGCGGUACCGAAACUGCGGGGCCUGGGCUGCACGGCAGACUCUCGCUUGUCCUCCUCAACAGCUGGUCACCCGCCACACGUCAGCCCCACCCUCCACUGCCUCCUCCUUCGCUCCGGUACCCUCGAAUCCGCGGUGAUUGCUGCAGGUGGAGGGUGGCAGGUGAGAAUUGGGUGAAGCGGAAGGACGCCGCUCGGCUCAGCAGCUUGCGUGUCUCUGCAAGCCUCCCUUCCUCCCCAUCCCCAUCCCCAUCCCCAUCCCCUCUCGCCAGCACCUGUACCGAUCGGCGCACCUGUGUCUGUGCUCACCUGUUGACGUGGAGUGGAGACCUGUGCCUGUGGUUCAUACGUGGGACCGCCAGGUGGCGCGCUGACAAUGGCUUGUCGUGCGUGCAGUGUAACAGCAGAGACGUAGCUGUGCUCUCCUCCCCCUCCUGCAGCAGCGGUUGUGGAGAUGGAAGCACAGAAGGACACAUAACUUCCUGCGUACGAGUCCGUCACGUGGCUGGGCGAACGAACACAACGAUGGUUCCUGGGCGGACGUGACGCCAUCAUGUCCCACCUACCUUCAGGCCGUUUCCGUUAACCGACUCCAACUUCCUGUCGACCCCUGAGCUUUCCCCCGGCCUCACCUGUGCUCGAUAACGAGGGCGAGCGAUCUGUUUAAACGCGCGUUUGCUCUUCAAGCUGACACGCUUCACGGACUGCACCCAGCCCUCCUCCACGCACCCCGUUCCCCACCCGCGUUUGUGCGUGCGUCAGCGGGUGAGGGAGAAGCGAACUGGCGAGCGAGCUGGUGGAAGGAGAGCUGGCAACGAGAGGUGGGAACGCUGCCAUGAACGUCUUCGAACAUCGCCGCACGCUCCAGCAGACGCCGCCACGGCAGGCCCGUGCAGCAGGCGGCCUGGUACGUACGACGCUGCACUGCCGCAACACUGACGUCCGCUGGGUGCAGUGAGCGCUGUGCGGCUCACCACUGCUACACCACUGCCACCGGGUGCACACCACUGCUCACCAGGCUACACCACCUGACUGGACCUACUGGUGUUUGUUUGCACCUUCUGGAUGAUUCUGCACGCGCCGUGACGGCUGACGGUUCUCGCGCUGCACGUCGAGAUGAACGUCUGUUUGUUUACACGCGCGUAGUGUCGUCAGUGUGUGUGUAUGCGUGUGUAUGUGUGUUUGUGUGUAUAUGUGUGUGAGAGUGACCCUUGAAGACUUCUCGCCGUGCCGGAUGUCGCCUGCACGUGUCGUCAUCAACGUCUCUGAUACAGCAACCGCUCCUACUGCAGGUAGCGCCACUGUGUUCGUCAGGUAGCGCCACUGUGCACCGAGAGUUACCUUCCGUCAAAGAAUCCUCCCCAGCUGAUGUGUGAUGUGUCUGUGUCGCCCAUCAUCAGAUGCUGACGCCCAAUUCUUUCUUUCUGCUGUGUGACGAGCAAAACGGAACUGGUGGACGGUGACGUCUGACGCACGCGGAACCCUCCUGCUGACGCACGCUCCGUCAACCUCAUGUGGUGCUGGGAAGAAAGAAGUGCAUGCCGCCAGUUAGCUUCUGAGUCGAGCAUCAUUGGGGGUGGGUGGGUGUAGUAGGGGACAAGGUAAGGUCUUGUCCACCAGCACCCUCCCCACCACCAUCAUCACCAUCAUCAAUACGCGUGUUGUCAACGCCGACUAAACUUCAGUACCACGUGUCGCUUGUCUGCUCCAAGUAGGGUUCACAGGUCAUCACAAAAGUUCAGGAACGGGAUCUGGUUGGUGUGUUUCGCCAUCUCCGCUGUCUUAUCGCAGACCUCCGCAAGCCUCGUUUCCUCGCAUUCAUCAUCUUUUUUUUUUCUCGUGGCCUCGUGCAUCACCUAACUGUUCAAAAUUGUCUUCAUACAGGACCUUGAGCUUUUCUCCGCCAAGGGAAAGGCAGCAGGCGGCAUGGCGUCCGUAGCCGCCUGGCUACCGUUUGCGCGGGCCUCGGCCAUCGGCUGGGUGCCCAUCGCAGAGAACCCCCUGCCCCUCCCCCGCCUGCGCGACGACACCAAGCGGGGGGAGGACAAGCUGUGCAUCAACGUCAGCGGCCGACGCUUCGAGACGUGGCGGACCACCCUGGACAAGUACCCGGACACGCUGCUGGGCUCCAACGAAAAGGACUUCUUCUACGACGAGGAUACCAAGGAGUACUUCUUCGACCGCGACCCCGACCUCUUCCGCCACGUGCUCAACUACUACCGCACGGGUCGCCUGCACUACCCCAAACACGAGUGCAUCGCGGCCUACGAUGAGGAGCUCGCUUUCUUCGGGAUCAUGCCCGACGUGGUCGGCGACUGCUGCUACGAGGACUACCGCGACCGGAAGCGCGAAAACACGGAACGACUCAUGGACGACAAACCGUCGGAGAGCGGCGACGCCGACCCUGCCGUCUCCAUCCGCGAGAAGAUGUGGCGGGCCUUCGAGAACCCGCACGUGGGAACGACCGCCCUCGUCUUCUAUUACGUCACCGGGUUCUUCAUCGCCGUUUCGGUCAUCGCCAACGUGGUGGAGACGAUCAAGUGCGGCAAGAUGCCGGGGUCAAAGGUGGAGCUGUCGUGCGGCGAGCGGUACAGCGUGGCCUUCUUCUGCCUGGACACGGCCUGCGUCAUGAUCUUCACGGCCGAGUACAUGCUGCGGCUGUACGCCGCCCCCGACCGCUGCCGCUUCAUGCGCUCCGUCAUGUCCGUCAUCGACGUGGUGGCCAUCUUGCCCUACUACAUCGGCCUCGUCCUGUCGGACAACGAUGACGUCAGCGGCGCCUUCGUCACGCUGCGAGUGUUCCGGGUGUUCCGGAUCUUCAAGUUCUCGCGGCACUCGCAGGGGCUGCGCAUCCUGGGCUACACGCUCAAGUCGUGCGCCAGCGAGCUGGGCUUCCUGCUCUUCUCCCUCACCAUGGCCAUCAUCAUCUUCGCCACCGUCAUGUUCUACGCCGAGCGCAACAUGGAGAGGAACAACUUCACCUCCAUCCCCGCCGCCUUCUGGUACACCAUCGUCACCAUGACGACACUGGGGUACGGCGACAUGGUACCAAAGACCAUCACCGGCAAGAUAGUGGGCGGCAUCUGCUCGCUGUCCGGCGUGCUGGUCAUCGCCCUGCCCGUGCCAGUCAUCGUCUCCAACUUCUCCCGCAUCUACCACCAGAACCAGCGCGCCGACAAGCGCAAGGCUCAGAAGAAGGCGCGCCUGGCCCGGAUACGCAUGGCCAAGAACGCCAGUGGCGCCGCCUUCAUGAACGCCAAGAAGCGCAUGGAGGAGGCCAUCCUGGCGGAGGAGAGUGGACUGGAGCUGGACCCGGACCAGCAGGAGGGCCUGUUUGCUGUGCAGCACCAUCAUCUACUGUCGUGUCUGGAAAAGGCCACGGAUCACGUGAUCAAAGAGCGACCAAAACGAAUGGACAAUGGCUUCGCGGGUAUUGGACAAAGUGCUGCACUCCCAGACAGGGAAUUCCUGGAGAUGGACAUGACCUUUAACGGGGCACCCAAUAAACCCUCGGAGACGCCACCUCCAUCACCUGACCCGUCCUUGACCUCGGCAGAUCGACGUCGGGGCAUGGGCUGCUGCGCGCGCAGGUUUUCCAAACAUCGAAGAUUUCUAGUCAAUAAAGGCCGAUCAUCUAGCUGUGGACAUGAGGCGGAGCGUGAGGAGCUGAACGACAUCCAGGUGCGGUUACCCCCCUUGAACCGGUCGUCGCGCUCGUCGCUGAACGCGCUGGAGGCGGCGCACCUCAACAGCAAGGACGCCCACCACCACCACCACACGCUGACCGUCACCACCGCCAUCGUCACCAUGCCCACCCCCAGCACCACGUCGGAGACGGAGUCCGUGCAGACGCAGAGCACGAGCGGCACGCUCUCCCCUGCCACGCAGUCGCAGUCCGGCGUCGUGCGCAUCUCCACCUUGUGAGGCGCCACCUAGCUGCCCCAAGAGCCCACACACACACAUGCGCGCGCGCCUCGCCACCGCAGUGCCCGGAUGACUCGGGAGGCUGGAAGCCAAGCGGACAUCUCGCACCUUCAGGAACAAAAAUUUAAAAAAGAAAACCCAGCCACCGCUGUUUGCUGGGAGCCAGCACAUCCUGCGUCCCCGACCCCCCACUUCCCCUUCCCCCACACCACCACCCCCAGUAACUGUCAGAGUUGCCGGACUGUCUAUGGUGCUGCCUGGAAACGGCUGUCGGACUGUCUAUGGUGCUGCCCAGAAGUAGCUGCCGGACUGUCUAUGGCGCUGUCUACAUGUCAGACUGUCUUGUCGUUUGGAAUGUGCAGCAAGCAAGCAAGCCGUGGAGUUCUCCGGAGAGUCUGGUUGAGUUAUCGCCCCUUUGUGAGGCAUUACCUCCCCAGAAGGACUGAAAGCUGUCUUCUUUGUGUUCGACGUCGUGCAGGUGUAUGCAGACUAUACGUGACAGGUGCAUGGACACGCUGGUCCCCACUUGUACAUAGAUGAUGAUGAUGUCCCCCCGAGCUAGCUGUACAGAGUCCUUGUGACAGCUGUGUACAGUCCUUGUGACAGCUGUGUUACAGUCCUUGUGACAGCUGUGUACAGUCCUUGUGACAGCUGUGUUACAGUCCUUGUGACAGCUGUGUACAGUCCUUGUGACAGCUGUGUACAGUCCUUGUGACAGCUGUGUUACAGUGUGUGUACUCACCACUUUCCGUCACAUGUGUUCAUGACCAAAAUGUAGCUUACCCAGUAUGGAAAGGGGUGUUUGAUGAGUUAGAAUAGGUUUCGAUUUUAUUGGCUUAUGAUUCAUAUCCCGUAAAUAGUUAACCUUACGAAACUUUGUCUUCAGCUGCGUGCGUUGUCACGUUUAAUGGGGGGACAGGCUGAGCAGGUGUUGCAGGUCUCAGUUCCCCCUCACCUCACCUGCCCAGUUCGUCUGACGCUGACAGUGAGCGCAUUCACCUGCAAUGUUGACCCUGAUGCCCCGAAACAGCGACAUCGUAUGUUACAAUGACAUUGUGUAGCAACGGGUGUUCCCUGUGAUGUCCUGUCACCUCCGAGGGUCGUCGUCCAACGUCUUUGAUGGUGUCAGCAGCCGACUGGGUCUGCAAGUCUGAAGGUGCGCUGACAGUCAGACUUGUGUCACUUUGUGUCAUGUUGUCGACAUCCUUCAGACGAUCUGUGAGAGUGUCCACUCCUCCCCACCCCACCCCCAUCUGACCGGGUGCAAGAAAUCAGCUGACCGGGCGGCUGUCUCUGUCCGCUUGUGUCCUCGGCCAGUGGUAAGAGUUUGUCUCAGGAAGACAAGAGAAACGAAGAUGUCCCGAAAUGUUUACUGACGGCUGCUAUACACAACUAACUGAGACUUCGAGAGAUUUCUUUUUUGCUUCCGACCCCCUCUUCCAAAUAUUCUUUCUUUUUGGACUCUUUGUGAUUCUUCGACCUUUCUUAACUUUUUGGUGCAAACUGCGUGUGUGUGUGUGGCGUGGUGCCGUCUGUGUCCCUGUGUCUCGUGGUUGCUGCAUGUUUUGCGGCGAGAACAUUUGCCGAGCCUGUGGGAGGGUCAGUCUGUAGCUUCUACAGCUUCCAGUCGUUGCCUGGAGGUCGGACAAAAACACAACUGAUGCUCUGUGUCUUCUCUUAGUCUUCAUAGAACAUCGGUCUGUCCACACGUGGACUUUGUACAAGGUCUGUGUAUAAGUCGGUUGUUUUUUUUUUAAAGGUCUGUGAACACUUGAUCUUUGUACAAUAUUGCAUUUACAUACGUGUGCACGGUCUUUUGUACCAGGAGGAUCUGUGUUCACUCCUGGUCGCUGUUCAGGACUGGUCCGUGUUCACACGCCUUCUGUGUCUGCACGCGGUCUGUGUUCAGUUCACACAUUGUCUGCAGGUUCUGGGCUGUGUGUCUCAUCGAGCUUCCAAACGACGGCACAGUGCAGAGGUGAGAGGUCAAAGGAUAGGCGAGGAGGAUGGUGAGGCGGACAGCGCAUUCUGGAAGCCGUUGUGACCGAAUGGUAUUUUCUAGAUCUUUCCUUCCUUUCAUUUAAGGACCCGAUAUGCUGUGUAUGUACGUGUGAGUCUGCUUUCUUCUCUCUAUCUCUCUUCCUUUUCUGUUGUUCGAUUCAAAGUGUUCUUAUUCUUAAUGCAGUUUCUGUGGGUUUUUUCUAGAAUGUCUUCGUCUCAGCUUUUAUCGGUUUGACUGCACGACAUGGUGGAAGCGUUAGCAGAACUACAUCUUAGCAGCACUGGACACCACGUGACAACUUGUGUCGGAUGUUAUUCUUUCUCUCUCUCCUGGUCUUGUUGACGGAUGGUCUUCCCCGUGCAGUCUGUCGGCGGGCUGGCUGGCUGGCUAACAGUUUUAGUGUUGAGCCCCCCGGUGAUUUGUACAGCCCAGCAUCUCACGACUGCAGUCACGUGUCCAGGUCUUGCGCUCAAGACUUGCGGCAUCCUGCUCGUGAGACACACCCUGUCGUCUGGACUCUCUCUGUCUAGUCGUUAGAAUCGAACUGGAGGCAGCGGAACGGUUAAGAAAGUUUAUAAAGAGAUUAGAAACAUGGGUUAGACAGUUUCGGAGACUGACCUCAUCGCUAGCUGCAGCACACAAACGAGAAAAUGUUCCGCCAGGUGACCUCCUGCUUGCAACCUCAAAGCACGUGCAGCCCGGAGUCACGAACGUCACGCGCCGCUGAUGAGAUGCACAUUCCUUGAAGGAAGGAGGACAGAAACGAUGGCUGGGACUAUGUUCACCCGUGACUACCUGCUUUCUGUCGGAAGCAACAAUGCUCCAGCUGCUGAAAGAUGUCCAGCUUGCUUCAGCAUGGCACGUGAUGGUCAAGGGGUGUCGCGUUUCCAUGGAGACAGACUCUAAGAGUCACACCUAGCCACAUCAGCUCGUGUUCUCCUUCCUCGUCUGGGUCACGCUCGGACGACGACGACGACGAGUUUUCCUUAUCGACACCUGUAGUAGACGAUUGUCUGGUAGAGCAGACUUGCUGCUGUUUCACACCUUCUCUUCACUUGUAAUGUCAUCCGGCUUUACAUUGUUGACUACCACUUCUUUACAAUCUUAACAAUUUUGAGUAGCUUCUAGUUUCAAGUUAGAUGGCUUCUGACUUGUCUCACGUUUCCGGUCACACUCUCUCUCUCUUCCAUAUUUGCCUUCAGUGUACAUCUCCGACUUUGUGCUCUGCCCUUCCUAGACCAGCCAGGUGAUGGUGAGGACAGGUUUCUGGACACGCAGACCUCAGGAGCUUGCGACUUGGACACCUGUGUCUCAGCUCCUGGGAGGUGUGAUGUCACCUCACGUCACGUAGAGUACAGACACGUCACGUAGAUCACAGAGAAUCUUUAUGCACCUACUCACUUUGUGUCGAGAUAUGAAGUCACACACUGUAGGCCUAGGAUCCGCUUCCAACAUUAUUCUGUGUGGUUUCUAUGGCAUCCCAUGAGUCUGCGUGAAAACAAUUUUUUUUUUUUUUUGUUUGUGUCUUGAGGGUUGGGACAGCGAGGAAAGAACAUAGGUUGAAGUUUAAAUAAAUAAAUAUAAAUAAUUAUUGAUAUUUUUUUUCGUCUGACUAUACCCUGAGGCCAGCUGCGACUGGCAGUGUUGCUUGGCUCAAGCUGCUUGGCGCGCACGUGUGUAUGUGUGUUUAGAAGAGAAGAAGGAAGGAUAAAUACUGUGAGCGGCAGGACUAACAGAUGUAGCGAGGCUGUUGAUGUUCGCCAGGUAACGCGAGUGCAGCGGCGUGUACGUCCCACGUAGUUAGUGUAGUGGUGCACGCUUUCCUUGUGCAAAGUCGCGGUGUGCAGCUGUGUGGCAGCUGUGUGCAGCUGGGUGCUUGACCCUCACCUUCUGCCUGCUGGCGUCAGCAGCUUGCACGUCAGGCUGAGUAUCUGUAUCCUGUUACUACAGUGCUAGGUAUCUGUAUCCUGUCCCUGCAGUGCUGGGUAUCUGUAUCCUGCCUUCAGUGGUGGGUAUCUGUAUCCUGUCACUGCAGUGACAUUUAUCUGUAUCCUGUUGAAGUAGAGUUGGACACACAUAUCCUGCCACUGCAAUGUUGGGUAUUUGUAUCCUGUCACUGCAGUGCUAGGUAUAUCUAUCCUGUUAAAGUAGAAUUGGACACACGUAUCCUGUCACUGCAGUCCUAGUUAUCUGUAUCCUGUCAAUGCCGUGUUCGGUAUACGUAUCCUUCACUGCAGUGUUCAGUAGCUGUAUCCUGUCACUGCAGUGUUAGCUAUCUGUAUCCUGUUGAAGUAGAGCUGUACACACGUAUCCUGUCACUGCAGUCCUAGUUCUCUGUAUCCUGUCACUGCAGGGUUCGGUGUCUGUCUCCAGUCAGUGUGGAGCCAGUACACAUACCUUGUCAUGACACCUGUCAACCUUUGUCCGAAAAUUGUUAGUGAAUCCUUGCAGUAGUGAUGUCGCAAAUCAGCUAAAGUCGUAAACAUGGGAAUGUGUCAGUUGUAUGUGUGUGAGGGUGUCCCUCGUGUACAAGUCAAUGCCUGGGUCAGGAACUGGGAAUGUCUCAGUCGCAAACAUGGAAGUGGAAUGUACUGGCAGUGACAUGGAGAUGUGUGUGUGUGUGUUGCAGACGUGUGAUGUCAGUUGAGUAUCUGGCAAUGUGUCCGUUGUGUUUACUUGGGAAUGUCUGUCAUAAACACAGAAGUGUGUCAGGGGUUUGUUUGAGAAUGUGUCACAGUUUGCAUCAGAAUGAGUCAGUCGUACACGUGGGGAUGUGCCGCUCGCUGUUAGUGCAGAAAGAACAGGUGAGACAAAAAUCACCUUUAACGACUCCCCCGUGCACGUUCCUCCUCCUGUGAGUGUUGCAGGGACUUGUGUUCAUCCCACAGCAUGUUGACAGUGUGGAAUGUCACGUACAUACGUCCGCCCAACCAGCUUGGCAGUGACACUAGUGCCAGAACUAAUCAUCUUAUUAUGGGAUAGGGUCUCUACGCAUGUCAGCUUCUCACCUAUUUGCACUUAGCUCGGGUCUUUCGUGUCCAGCAUCAGUGAACUUAUUACAGCCAGGGAUCGGGGAAGGGUGGCGAGAAAUGGUGUUGGGGGUGAAUGUAGUGGCCAGAAGCAGCAACCGGAAACGCGUCACCUGACGUUGUCUGCUGAUCAUGAUGAAGAUGCUGGCUGGAUGGCUGGGUGGCAGGUCUCGCAUUUGGUCCGAUGCUGCCAGUUAACCAUCAGGGUGAGCAACGGCAUCAACAGUAGAGUAAACAAGAGCCAGUGUCUGUUGAAAGAACAGCUCAAGGAACUUUCUCAGAGACAAGUGGUCCACACUGCCUAACACUACUCACCUCCUCCCACCUGACUUUUGUUGUGAAAGGUCAAAGGUUGCAGCUAGGUCCUUCGUCUCGCUGUUCGAAUCCCAACAGAUAGCUACCAUUACCUCGGGUUGAGGGGCCAGCAAGGAGCAGUUUGUCAGCAAAGGGUGGAAAGGAUGGAUGGUAAAGAUGGCUGCCAGGGUCAUGGCCUUGUCUUGCUCCUCUCGUGACCUUCACCCCCAACCCCCACGACUCGUGCUGUGACCUCCGCUCGCUUGCUUGCAACUGUGACGACAGUGUGCACGCUUUAGUUUCUUCUUAGACGACAACAAGCCCGCGACACGUGCAUCAAUGUUUGUUUUGGACUCGUCUGCAGUGCUGUUUUCACUCAACCGACAUCAAGUCUUUUCUCUUGUCCGUCACUCGGUGACGUCCGUCUUAUUCUGUUUGUCUGUCACUCCAUUCAUAAUUUACCACUGGGUCUUUUUUUUUUUUUCUUUUCUUCGCGUGAAGUAACAAUUUUUGCACUUAAAGGUCUCGAUAUAUUAUGCUAACUUCGAAUCACUCUUUUUACCAACUUCAUAUCCCAGAGUCACCGCCCCUCCUCCUGUUGUUCCAUGUCCUAGAAGGAAGGAGCGGAGAACUGUUGGUGUUGGCACCGCUCACGUGACUGCCAGCAUAUAGAUUGUUACCGUUUGCUCCCGUCCCGUUCUCCCCAUAUCCCUCAAGUUUUCGCGUUGUUGAAGUGUUCCACAAGUUGUUCAUGGCUGUUUGAUUUAAAAAAAACACACACAUCACUAUGUUCAGUUUCCAGUUCUCAGAAUAAAAAAAAAUUGCAUUAUU